AUGAAACCCAGUUCUCAAGUAACAAUCGCACUCAGCAAAUUCACUACAGUAUUCCAAGCUAAAAUCGCAGCAAUCACGGCCUGUCUUGAGGAGGUUCGUAAGCGAGGUUACAUCAAUCACCACGUUUACAUAUGCUCUGACAGUCAGGCUGCUUUAAGGGCCCUCCAAUCAGAGGAAUUUACAUCCAGACUUAUUUGGAGCUGCCUUGAAGAACUUCUCGAAGUGUCUGGUAAAAACUGGGUCAAAUUGAUCUGGGUUUCCGGACAUAAAAACAUUGAAGGCAAAGAAAGAGCAGAUAUGCUUGCAAAAAAAGGGACUACGAAGAUCCUUAAUGGACCUUAA